AUGCUGCUGCUGUGUUGGAUCUUUACUUUCAUGAUGUUUUCAGAGGGUCGUUAUGAAGUACAAGAGAUUUUUGCAGAAUUCAAAUCCCAGGUUGUUCUUCCCUGUGACUGCCACGCGUGGUCAUCACUCUCCAUCACCUGGACCAAAGAUGAUCAAGGCACCGUGUGGAGACAGGAAAGAAGCGGCUUGCAGUUUUGGGGCUUCAGAUGGCUGCAGAGAGGUCAGCAGCGUGUCCGAUGCCCCCGCUGCCAGCUACCGGGAGGUGACUGCAGCUUACUAAUGAGCAAUGUCAGAGAGCAUGACGACGGCGUCUACACGUGCAAGUUUAAGAGCGGGGGACAGUUUUUCUCGCGCUCUCUCAGACUGAGGGUCAUCAAAGGAAUCGUCCACCCAUCCAGAGACAAUACAAAGGUCUAUGCAGCUGUGGGAUCAGCAGCCACGCUCCCCUGUGUGUUCUCUCCGGGUUUUAACCCCUCUGAACCCACCUGGCAGAAACUGAAGCCUGGCUCUGCGGUCCAGUUCCUCCCUUCCUCUGAUUCAUCUUCUCAGCCUAUUCUGGAUAAGUCAGCCAACUUAAAAGACAUCAGCCUCGAAGAUGAGGGGACAUAUAGAUGUUCCGGGUUAGUUGAAGGACAAAACCUGUCUCGGAAAGUACAGCUCGUCGUGGCUAGAAUUGACCGAAACAUCGAACCUUCAAAGAAAUCGCACACGCUGACCUGUCAGCUGACAGACACAAGCGAGGUCACCCACUACCAGUGGGUUCGCGUUAGAUACGACUUAAGUGGCACCCAGUUGGUGAAGUCUAUUCAGGAGGGAAAGACUCUACAAUUGAGCGAAGCGGCUCUUCAGGAUGGGGGCGAAUUGGUGUGUCAGUUUUACAGCAUGGAAGGACUAGUAGGAAACGUAACAUUAUGCAUUACGCCUCAAUCAGAUGAUGUUGUUGAUGAUGAUGUGAGUGACUCAGCAGGCUCGUCGUAUAUCACUCCUGUUGCACUUAGUGCUAGUGCUCUGCUGGUUCUUCUGCUUUUGUUUUUGGCUCAGACAUACAAAAAUCAUCAGAGGAGAAAAAGAAUCCUUCAGUUCAUCACACUGGAAUCUAUUCUCUUCAUGAAGACUAGUGAACGUGAGGCAAGAGAACACAAUCAAAUGAAGAAAGGAAACCCUUAA